AUGGAGUCGUCACUGCCGCCGCCGCCGCCGCCGCAUUCGCCGCCCGAGUCAGUGGCAGCGAGCGCUGAGGAUUUGAUGCCGCAAUCGAUGGAGGAGCGCGUGUUCCACUUGUCGCAGGAACUCACGCAGACGGACCCGUCCGCGCCUGCGCUCUCGGACGACGAGAUUAUCACGAAGCUCAACGUGAUUGCUGAGACGCUCGAGGAGGUGGAAACGACUUUUCGCAAGGAGCGGUCGUCGCCGUAUCGUCGCGACGGCCACUUGAUUGGCAACCUAUUGCAGGAGCUUGCGCAAAACGAAGAUUUUUAUCCAAUGCUUGAAGAGAAAUUGUCGGAUCUAAGUGGAAGCCGCGUGAAAGCAGCGACAUGUCGACUGCUACUGGCCACUGUGCCAGUGAAUAGCCGAGCAAUUGUGCGCAUGUUGGACGUUGACGACGAGAUGCUGGACCGCGUGUGUGGGUUUGCUACGGACGCCGAUCCGGCAUUGCGAUGUUAUGCUACUGGGCUCUUAUCCGUAGGACUGCGGGACCGCUCGAUUGCAGACACGGUUGUGAAUACGGACACACCCGUCAAGUUAUUGAAGCGAGCGCGCAUGUAUGCGUCUAAGUUGGAGAAAGAGAGGCAGCAAGCAGUCAAGUAUAUUCAGGACCAUCUAUGUUUACUUGCAACAUCCCGCCACAAGAAAGUAGCCACUAGUGGCGGAAGUGGGUCCGCUAAGGCGCUCGUGGCGCAGCGGUCGCUGAAACGCAAACACUUGGAAAGCAUCAACAGCCGCGCCUCGAAUUACGGGAACGACUGCACGGAAAAUGCAGAUACUGCUUCGGACAUCGAUGCUGACGAAGACGAGCCGGCAGCCGCUGUUCCAAGCCAGCCGUCGUUACCGGUGUCAAGCCAUGACGAAGAUGCUCUGGGAAGUUUCGGCGAAGAUGGUAUAGGCGGCGUGCCAAAUCUCGACCACCAUGAAGAAGACUUCAAGCGCCUUGUGAUGCUGGAGCUGCUGUACACGUUGGACUGUAUAGGCUCGAUGGGUGAGUACUUGGAGAUGUUUGCUCCCGCGCUGAAAGAAGACAUUGUCGGAACGAUUAUUACAUUUUUGCACAGCAAGAAUCCUGCGGUGAUAUCGCACACGAUGACGCUGACGUCUCAUUUCCUCGCACACAAGAAGUUCUCCCUUACUCUGGUUGAAACUGGAGGAGUAAAUCUCCUGUUUUCUGUAUAUAAACUGCAACAAGCAGCUGGUCAAGUGGGUCUAUUGGACCGCAGCCUGUCGAUGUGUUUACAUGGAUUCGCCUCUUCGUCGGCUGUUAUUGAACGGCUUGUUGUGGCGAACUCGGAGAAUAUGUUGUCAGCGGCAUUCAUGUUGCUUUCUAGCCCAAACGACCGUGCUAGACAGAACGCUGUGGUAUUCUUUGGUCUCACCAUGGGCUUUAGGGUUAUACUUGACUACUUUGAAAAGCAUAAUGGUUUGUAUACUGUGCUGAACAUCAUUCGUGUCGGCAAGCAUCCGAAAUCUUCGGCACAGAGACAACUUGCGCAAGACGCAUGUUUGUGCUUGCGUCAAUAUGUGCGCAUGCAUAUGGCAUUGGCGGCUCAUCGACUGAGGAAGAAGCUGGCCCAACUGAAUCAUCCGUCCAACCGACCUUCGAACGCAGCGCCUGCACUAACGGCGGCAACUGUAGCGUCACGUAUCCCAGCACGGGUUCCAAAAAUGACGUGGUCGAAAGCGAUUGAUCUGGAUGACAAAAGCCAUGAAGUCAACAUGAUAUUCUAUGAGAAGUAUCGCUUCAGUGCCUCUAGUGGCAACUCCAACAACUCGUGGUCGGCUGCGACUGGCCCGGGCGGUGGAAUGUGGCCUCCUGCUGCCAAGUUGAGUCAUUUGCGGGGCAUACUUGUGCUCCUAGAGGUUGUAGCUAUGAUGUGCUCCGUACUGCAAAGCACCAAUCCGGAUGCAAAUUCUUCUACUAUCCGAAUUUGGACUGCAGAGCGCGCACAGUUUUGUUUGGAUUCUCUUCGAGUGCUGACACACGUGGUUCCAUCGUUAUCCAAUGAAGUGUGCUCGACAGAAGUUCUGAUCGACGAAGGGGGUAGCUCGUCGAAGCAGUUGGGUAUAACUAUUCUGCUGGACAUCGUGAUGAGCAACAACCCGAGAGACUCUGAGCUGGUACGCACCGCACUGCAAGUGUUUUGCAACUGCGUAUCUCCUCCUCAUCAAGAAGACUGUUGGCAGCAUCCUUACAAAGAUAUCCGGCAGUACACUCUGACAGCUCGGAGCAUGCGAACACAGAAGGACGAAAAGUUGCAGCAUGUGAGCUCAGAGACAGCCGACGGGGGAUCGGGUACAGUUGCACCUGACAGCUGUAUGAAUUGCUGUCCGAAGGCUAGAGACGAUAAAAUGCUAAGGCCCGUGCGAAAGCUGGCUCGUGAGCGAAAUGCGAUCAAAGUAUGCGUGUACUUACUUCGCUACAAGCGCUCCGUGCAAAACGCUGAUGUCAUUCGCUUGCUGGCAACUCGUGCUUUGCUGGGGCUUUCUCGUGACCGCCAUAUUUCCCAGAUUAUCGAAAAGAUGCAAGUUGGACAGUUGCUGUCCGACAUGAUUCGAAGUGAUCCAGUUCUGGAGGAAAACGCUGACAUUCACGUACGCUUUCGAGAAUCUGCUUUGGAUUUAAUUUCUCACGUCACGCAUCGAGCGUCUAGUGUGGUAAUAAAUGAGGCAACGGAUCCGACGGUAAAAAAGAUCGAAAAGGCAAGCAUAGUUGCGCAUACCAAAAUCUCGUACGACGAGAACGAGCUAUUGCGGUUGAUUCACGAUCAUCUACUUACGAAAGGAUUGCACCACGCUGCAUCAUCACUUGUCAAUGAAGCGAACUUCUUUGCUGAGAGGGCGCGUAAAGUCUUUUCUGCUUCAGAUUUACGGCUUUCUCGGACGAAUGAAGUCAUAGCUGAAGUAGAUAGGUCUCUUACGAGUUCGAAGGGGUCACCACCACUUGGAAAGCAGGUAGUUGUUGACCACGCACUUCCAUCUGACAUUCCUGCUCGAAGCGAAAGUGGGUAUGUGAGUGGUGGCGAUACACCACGACCCCAGAAAUUGCAGCGUGUGUCAUCUCUGAAGUCAAUUGUGCCCGAGGCCGAGAACAUGUAUGUUGCAGAUGUGGCGCAAGGGCCUCUAAACGCAGUUAACUCUGAUGGUGGACAGGUGAAGUCCUCCACUUCAUCCACCUUGUAUAGACAACGAAUGCGGCAGGCAUUUUACAAACCGCAUCUUUUUCAAGACACGUUUCUGGAGCGAUCGACAAGAUCUCCACGGGUCGUAGUCGAGGCAGUCUGCUCCGAUGCUUCGCAAAAACUGCCGACGAGUGCGCAUCGGAAUCCGGACAGCAAUGUUAUUCAUACAUCUGCAACAAGCAAGCUGGAUGAAAUAAUCACGCAUUACCUAAGAGAGCAACACCGCCAAUGUGCUAACCCUGUUACGACUGUGCCGCCGUUCAAGCUCUUGGGCAAAGGAGCGCAACACCGCUGCCCGGAUCCGGCUACAACCGCACUAUCAAAGCUAAGCGUUUGUUCUCGGCUACUACGGCGUAGUCGAACAGGGUAUCGUGUGGGGUAUUCGGCCUUCUCAUCGUACAAUGUUGAUGCUGGAAUUGACCGUUACGUGUUCAGCCGCUACCGGCCAUACCGUGCCGUAGGGACACACAUUGGGGCGUUUGCUUGGGGUGGAGCAAGCGUUGCUCGAUUUUACGGUCAGGAUCAGCAAGAUAUGUUGAUUGGCAAUCAUGACGGUGAGCUACGUCGAUUCAGCAUCGAGUCUGAUGCAGUUGUGGAAGAAUGGACCUGCCAUUCACCAUCCAGUGCUAUCGUUGAUCUGGCAACAAAUGAAUCGACGUCCAUGGGUGCUCAAAGCCGAUUGCUGCUUACGGGGGCUGUGGCUCUGUCGGAGCUUGCUGUAAACGAAGUUGCACUCUGGGAUGCAAACGACCAGAGCGCGCUCGUUGAGCGGUGGCGUUUCAAGGGUGGGCUUCGCCCCCAAUUUAGUCAUUACGGAGAUCGCGUCGUUGCGCUUGAUGCUAGCUCUAAUGAUGAAGAUAUUGGACAGGGAGGGCCAGGCUUUGCCGUCAAUGGUGCCGUCGUUCUGGACAUUGCGACAGGAAGCGUGUUGUGCGACCUGAAGGAUGAAAUGCGCUCGAAUAAUUAUGGUGCAGAGACCAAUUGUUGCUUCUCGCCAUGCGACAGCACGAUCCUCACGGAUGGUAUGCUUUGGGAUGCUCGCGUUCCAACACGUGCGCUGUACAAGUUUGACAAGCUGUCCAACGUCGGUUGCGGCUUUUUCCAUUCGAACGGCAAUGAAGCGAUCGUGAACUCGGCUGUGUGGGAUCUUCGCACGUAUCGGCUGUUACGAAUGGUGCCUGCAUUCGACAAGUGUAGCAUCAAGUUUAAUUCUUCUGGCAGUGUGUUGUUUGCGUAUUAUCCGUACGCAGGGGGCAAUUACUUGGAACGCAGGAAAUCAAAGCUAAAGUCGUGGUUCCGCGUUUUGGAUGCACGUGACUAUAGAGAUAUUGCGACCGUUGAUCUGGGUCGCCCCAUCUUCGACAUUAGUCUGAACGCUAAUAGCACAAUGCUGUCUGUUGUGGAAGGGCGGUUCUUGAAGGCCGGGGAUGUGGACGAUAAUGAUUCCAUCUGCCGUCUCUAUGAUAUUGGACGAAAGCGUCCUACCGAAGACGACUCAGACGUAGAAGACGGCGAGGGCGACUCGGACACAUUGGACGAUGAUGAGUACGACGACGAGAGUUCUCGUGACGAAGACGAUGAAUUUGACGAGGAUGAUGAUGACAUGGAAGAAGAGGACGAGGAGACAUCGGAUUCGAACUUGGAGGAAGGCGGCAGCUCUGAGGAAGACGAUGAAGGAGACCAGAGCGAUGAACUUGUUGCUGCGCACAUUCUUGCAAUCGACGACGAAGAUGGCAAUGGGUCGAUUUUGUCCACUCAUGACCUCGGGUACUUGCUUGACCUUCCUGAUGCGACCUACUACGAUGUCCAUGGACAAUACUCGAGCGACGAAGACGACGCUGAAGAAGACGAGUAG